AAUGAAGAAAAAACAGAAAAGUUCCUCCAGGAACGAAAUAGUUCGUAAUAUUUAUUUCUCUGUGAUAAUCUGAAAGACGUUUUGAUUUUCGCCUGAAAGAAAGCGCCAAGCAUCGCCAUGGCUACAGACAUCGGCACCUUGGAGAAGAGGUUCUUUGAUGCUUGCAAGAGGCAGGGAAUUAUACCAAAUAAGGCAAUCGUGGCAGCACUGUUCAAGGCUAAGAUCAAGAAAGCCCGACAUGAGAUAUCUACCCUCAUGGUUUCAAUGGAUGAUUUGAAAGAUGUUGAUCUCUACCCACUUCUUGAUCUGUUGAAGGAAAUUGAUUCUUCCGAGAUUGAUGCAGUCGACAUAGUAAAUAGAUCUUCAUGUGUACUCAGUGGAGAGCAUGUUUCAGCAGUGCUGCGUGCUGUCAACAAAAAGCUUCGAGUAGUUGAUAUCUGUGACAUCUCAUUUGGGAAGGAUUUCUUGCUGGAUCUUGCUCAACAAGGCUUAGCAUGUGAAGUCCUAAAUCUAAGGUCAUCCCAUUUCCGAAAGCUCAGUAUGGUUGGCAAAUAUGUGCGCAUGCAUACACUUAACCUGGAUUUCAGUGCUUCACUCACUAGUUUUCGGGAGGAUUGUUUUUCCUGCAUGCCAAAUUUAAGAUUCCUUUCAUUAUGUGAAACAAGAAUCACAAACCUGUGGACAACUAGUGCAGCAUUAUCCAAGCUUCCUUCGCUGGUUGAACUUAGAUUUCAAAAUUGCUUAUAUUGUACUGAAGUGGGCUAUUCCUCUGCAUCAUCUGGAAAUAAAGCCAGUGAAGGCAUUGGUUCAGGUUGUUCGGACCUUGGCCUUUACAUAGAAUUACCUUCUCCCAGUGAUGAAAUUUUUCCACAUUUGCAGCUAAAUAUAGAUGAUGAGGAUAUGAAUGAUUAUGAUAUAGUACAGGAUGUUAGAAGCACAAAUGAGGAUUCUUCAGAUGACAGUGAAGUUGACUUCUCGAGUCACCAUCAGGAUUUUGGUUCAACCGAACUCUUGCCUGAUAUACCUCUUGGUUGGCAUGAGCUGGCUGAUUUACAGAAUGAGAUAUCUUUUGGAGCACUGGACAUGCAAGACGAAGACUCAUUCUAUUCCGAAUCGACCCACUUGUGUACUGUGGCUUCUGUUGCCCCAAGAAAAUACAUUUCGCGUCAUCCGUCUCCGAUAUGUUAUGAGAAACAUUAUAGAGAUUACAUGAUUGCUUCACUACCGAGCCUUAAAGUUCUUGAUAACUUGCCAAUUGGAAAGGUUGUCAGCGAAAGAGCCAGUGAUACCUUCAGGCGUCAUUUUGAAUACCUUCCAUACAACAGGAAUGAUAAAGAGAGUGUGGUUAGUAUAUUGCAGAAACGUGAGACCAGAGCAAACCUCCCCUGUAGUCGUGCAUCAAGGAAAAACUUUUCUUCUUUACCAAGAAAAUCUCAGUACUUCUAUUCCAGGUCAUUGUCUGCUGCCAAAAUGGGAUGUUCUGCAUGGCCUAAAUUACACCCUCUUCCUAUUACGGGUACUGCACUGAGAGAUGAAAAAAGAAACUUUCGUCCAAGACAGUUUGAGUACCAUCCAUCAGACUCAAGCCUCAUGGUUUUUGGGACAUUGGAUGGUGAAGUUGUUGUUAUAAACCAUGAGAGUGGGCAAAUUGUUAGUUAUAUUCCAUCACUUGGAGCUAUGAAUAGCAUCCUGGGAUUAUGCUGGCUGAGAAAGUAUCCAUCUAAGCUCAUUGCUGGUUCUGACAAUGGAUCGCUUAGAUUGUACGACAUACAACAUAUACCUACAACAAAUAGAAGACUGUAUCACAGUUUUGGUUCUGUCACCUUUGAUGAGUUUGACCAGUUGACAUCUGUUCAUGUCAACUCAACAGAUGAACUAUUUCUUGCAAGUGGAUACUCAAAAAAUGUUGCUUUAUAUGAUAUUAACAGUGGGAGACGUUUGCAAGUUUUUGCUGAUAUGCAUCGAGAGCAUAUCAAUGUAGUCAAGUUUUCAAACCACUCCCCAUCUCUUUUUGCCACUUCAUCUUUUGAUCAGGACGUUAAGAUGUGGGAUAUAAGACAAAAGCCAAACCAACCUUGUUAUACUGCUUCAAGCUGCCGAGGGAAUGUGAUGGUCUGCUUUUCCCCAGAUGAUCAUUAUCUUCUUGUUUCAGCUGUUGAUAAUGAGGUAAAACAGCUACUUGCUGUUGAUGGAAGGCUUCAUCUGGAUUUUGGUAUAGCUUCUACUGGAAGUUCCCAGAACUAUACCCGCUCUUACUACAUGAGUGGAAGAGAUUAUGUAAUAAGUGGAAGUUGUGAUGAGCAUGUGGUCCGCAUUUGUUGUGCUAAUACGGGGAGGCGACUCCGGGAUGUAUCAUUGGAGGGUAAAGGUGCAGGGGCAUCAAUGUUUGUUCAAUCUUUGAGAGGUGAUCCUUUCAGGGAUUUUCACAUGAGUAUCUUGGCAGCUUAUAUACGUCCAAGCUCAAAUUCAGAGAUUGUAAAGGUCAAUCUUCUGGCGUCCAAUGACCAUGGUAAAUCACAUUGUUACACACAACAAACUCACUCGGUUACUGGCAUGGGAGGUUGAGUGUAUACUAGAUUGUACAUUCUGUAUGUAUAUAUAUAUAUAUAUGAUAUGUUGAUGUAUAUGUAUAUAUUGUUUUCUCCAAUACAAGCCUAAGGUUAUUGUUUGUAAGUUUAAUUUUAAGCUCUAUGCUUUAGCAUGUUCAUUCCUGAACUUUUAUGCCUUCUUGAGUUUGGAAUUUCGGCUUUGGACAGCAUUCUCUCUUGUUGGCCUGGUUUGAUGUUUUCAUAUUUGCACAUAAUGAUGACUCCACCAAUGUGAGGGUUCAUUCUCUGCAUUACAGAUUAUAUUAUAAUGUAUAUAUGCUGUGGAUUUCCAGAUAACUGAUCA